AGAGAGAAGGCUCAGACAUCAGAAACACACACACUUAUACAUAGGAAGACGUCUAAGUGCAGUGGGAGAACUCUGGCAAAGAGCAUUCACAGACAGUUCCCUAGAGAGGAGCUAAUAUAACUGUAAUGGUUAGGGGACUGAGAAUGGUGUGUCCUGUGUGGCUAUUGGCUCUGGCUGUGCUGAGUGCAGCUGUUUCAGAGGUAAGAGCUCAGUGCUGGGAGAACCCUCGCUGCAGAGAUCUCAGAUCUGAGGAAAACAUUCUGGACUGUGUAAAGCUGUGCAGGUCUGAUCUAACAGCAGAGUCUCCUUUCUACCCUGGAUUUGGCCAUCUCCAGCCUCUUUUUGAGCCCAUACCAAACGAGGUCCCUGUUGCCACCGUCUCACCCACAGCAGAAGAAGCAGCUUCAGAGUCUGGCUCACAGUACGAUACCAAGCGCUCCUACUCCAUGGAACACUUCCGUUGGGGUAAGCCUGUGGGCCGUAAACGUCGACCCAUCAAGGUCUACACCAAUGGGGUGGAGGAAGAGUCUGCGGAGGCUCUGCCAACUGAAAUGAGGCGUGAAUUGGCCCCUGGUGAGGCCAACUAUCCACUGGAGGAUAGCACCUUCAACCAGCAAGAGAAGAAAGAUGGUUCCUACAAGAUGAAUCACUUUCGCUGGAGUGGCCCACCUGCCAGCAAACGCUAUGGCGGUUUCAUGAAGUCUUGGGAUGAGCGCAGUCAGAAGCCACUUCUCACACUCUUCAAAAACGUUAUCAACAAAGAUGGGCACGAGAAGGAUCAGUGAGACCUACAGGAGAGGAACUGCCAUACAACAUGCAUUAUGUAGAGACAGAAAAAUAAAAUUAGUUUUUAUUCACCCCAAAUAACUAAAUAAUUGCUGCUUUUAUUAUCUGAAGUGUUGGCCUAUCAUAGACAGAAAAUGUUAGAUUCAGACAAUGUUAGAUUCAGAUUUAGGACAGUGGGAAAACUUUUUGACAAAUAGCACUUUGUUCUCAUGGCCAGCAGUACAUUCACAAUGUAAUCAAUAAAUACUCACUACUGUA